AUGUCAACAUUCGAGCAACAGACGAGACUUCGACAAUUGGAAAGCCGAUGGGCAACACAGGGUUGGGUUACAAAGAUGUCGUUCCUUACUUCAGAAGGUCGAGACUUGCGGAUACGGGGCUUCAGAACAGAAGAAAACAGAGGAUACGGGGACGAAUUAGGAACUACUUAUCACAUAUUUUCAGGACCUCCCGGUGGGGCUGAAUCUCAUGGAUCAACAGCCGUCAUCGCCACCAUUGGCGUGCUCAACGAAACCGUCGCGCGUCCAUUCCAGAGAUCAUGCUCAACCCGAGCACGCAAAUGGACUACUUCACGCGUCGAGCAGGGCCUCUCACGUCAACAGGGACCUUCGAGACCAUCUCCUUCCACGACCUCAAAGGCACUCCUCACUACAGCCCCGGGUGGCCCGACGUCGAGAACCCAUGACGCCGCCGGAAAUCGACCCGAGAGCCUUCUCGCACCGGAAGAUGUAGACGUGGUCCUCGCGGCCAUCCGCGAGUGGCAGAAGAUCGUCGCCUCUCGCCAGUUUCCAACGAUCGGAGCACGGUUGUUGGUCCCGGAGGCAACCGCUUUAUGCCCGUUGCGAAAAAUAGUUUUCGACACGGACGAUUACUGGCGAUGCGCUAUUCGCGUAGCGUCUGCCACGCUUUACCACCCGUGCGGUACGUGCAAGAUGGCCCCGCCAGGUGACCCCACGGGCGUGGUGACGCCUGACCUCAAGGUUGUAGGCAUAAAGAAUCUGCGGGUAGUGGAUGCGUCGAUAACGCCAUUAGUUAAUCUCCGGCCACUUGCAAAUGGACGUCGUACAUGA